AUGUCCAUAAAGCUGCCCUUUAAAGCUCGUCUCUCCAAAAUCCCCAAUGCCCCAAUAACACUAUUCCUCCAUGGAUUCCUAGGCUCACACAAGAACUACAUCAGACUGACUCGUCACAUCCACAAGACAUUACACCAUUCAACUUAUUCAAUGGAUUUUAGAAAUCAUGGUGAUGCUCCACAUGUAUUCCCCAUGGAUUAUACAACUUUGACGUCAGAUAUCCAAUCCUUCUGUAAUGAGCAUAGUUUACACAAGGUCAACAUCGUGGGGUACUCGAUGGGGGCAAAAGUUGGGAUGUCAUUAGCUUUACAAAACCCAAAUCUGGUGGAGAAGUUGAUAUGUAUAGAUAAUGCACCUAUUCAAAAAGAGAUUGGUCCUGAAUUUGAACGAUAUUUGAGUGGGUUACGAGAAGUUGGUGAGUUUGUUAUAAGGAAAUAUAAGGAUGAUGUUGCAAGUACUUGGAAGGCUACGUCUGUUGAGAAAUUAAUGGAUGAUGUUGGAAUUAAUUCAGCGUUUGCAAUGUAUUUGACUGAGAAUAUGAAGUUUGAUAAAGUUGAAAAAAAAAUUAGGUUCAAGAUCCCAAUUGAACAGUUUGAUGAUAAUGUUUUAAAAGAUCUUGGAGAUUUCCCUCAUUAUGAACAUCCUACUGAGACUAAAUCAUUGUUUAUAAGAGGGUUGAAAAGUGGGUUUGUUGAUGAUCAAGGUGUUGAAGCUAUAAAGAAAUUCUUCCCAAAUAAUGAAAUAAUAGAUAUAAAAGCAACUCAUGAUGGACUCUUGUCCAAACAUGGUUCAACUAUAGAGAAAUUGAUUAUAAAGUUUUUACAAUAG